CUUCCGAAGGCACACCCGGUGGCCGGCGCGAAUCAAAAAACAGCAUAACCUCAAUGACAUCAAUCCUAGUUGGACAUUCGUAUGUAAAUAAUAUACAAAUAUAAGUGUAUAAACAUCACGAGAUAAGUUACUUCCACUAACUCAUUAGUAUGUCGUCUUCGGUAGAGAUUGAAUCGUUGAAGGAUGAAAACGGAAAAAAUAAAUAUACGGUAUUAUGCACAUUUUGCUCGUCGAAAAUGUUGAAUCCUGGAAGCUCAACCUACGUGAAUAUAGAGGUAGCGGUCAAAUUGCAUCGUAUGCAACGAAAGGGCGAAGGAGAAGCUGAAGAAGAAGAAGAAAUAUCGGACUAUUGGAUGGUGGACGACAUGUUCACGUUUGAAAACAUCGGCUUUUCAAACACCGUUGAAAACCUGAAAUACCUAAUUUGCGCGGACUGCGAAAUCGGUCCCGUUGGCUGGCACAACCUUACCGAUCAAAAAUCGUACAUUGCUUUAUCCAGAGUAAAACAUGACUGAUUUAUUUAUCACUUAUUGAUACACCCCGUUAAUCAAUCCGCGAAUCACAUCGCGUGUUCGUCUAAUUGAAAUUUGAUAUUUCAGUCGGUCGUCUUCGUCAUCUAUAUAUGUAUAUACAUAUAUAAACUCUAAAUACAUAUAUAGAGUCGUGAAUCCAAAUAUGAUAUUGGUUUUAGUAUACAAAAACCUGAUGUAAUUAAUUUAUUAUCAUGUAAUUAACUACAAUGAUUUAAUAGAUUAAAGGAGGCGCAGCUUCAACCGUGCGUAUAA